AUGCUGGACCUCAAACAAGCAAAUGGAAUGGCUUCAAGAGCAUCUGCCCCAUUAUCUCAAAGAGCACCUGAAAGAGAAAGAUUAUUCACAUUUUGGCCAACCUUGAUUGGGGACUGGUUUAAAAAGUUCCCAGAGGAAGUGGUAUUAUUUCCCAACAUUCCCACUACCACUCAUUUGCCAGAGCAACAUAAAGAGUUAGGAGAAGCUGAGGACAAGCGCAAAACAGAGCGCAUCAAGCUGCUGGUGAAGGCUGAGGAAGAGGCUGGGAAAGUGUCUUCAGGUAGACGAAUCAUGCUGGGUCAUAAAUUUUCUAAAGAAUUGCUGGAUGAUGAGGAUGAGGAAGUAAAGGCUCAGAUUUGUGACAUGUACGAGAAGCAGUGGGAAACUCACCAGAAGUCUGGCAAGAACAUGUUAGACAAUGAUGCUGAGGAAGACUGUGCACUUGAUGCGCAGGGAAUUGCACAAUGCCAUCCCUCUGAAACUCCACAAGGCAAGACCUUCACCCAGUUAUAUCAGGUGGCCAAUAAAGAUUUCCUGGAUGCAUUUCAGAAAUAUGCUGAAAUAAUCUUCCAUGCAUUUUUAAUCUACAAGUCACUGGUUGACUCACUUAAUUUAUACUAUGCAGCAUCUGACAAGUGCAAGUGCAAGUUGAACAUUGCUGUAGGGAAUGAGGACAUUGAGUGCAGUGAGGAAUUCAAGAUGUAUAGUGAAGAGGAGCCCAAUGGCGAUGACAAUGCUGAAGAGGACAAGGAUAGUCAAGGGGAAGAGGAACAAGAUGAUUGCGAAGGCUCCUUGACACUGCCUGACGCAGAUGCUUCAGUGGGUGAUGCAUCUGAUGCAUCAAUGGGUGCAAUGGUUGAUGCACCCCUGCAGUCUGAUGCAUCAUCAUACUCACAAAUGACUAACUAUAACGGUGUCUCUGCACCAAUUCCUCAAUAUUCAUAUUCCCCAUACAUACCCCUCACCAAUUUAGCAAAUUCAAUCAGACCAUUCUAUGUACCCCCAAUGUCCACCAGUUUGGUUCCUAAUUCUUUUACAUCCUAUACUGCACCUCUCAUGUCCACUGAUGGAUUUACACCGGUCUAUGACCCCUCUGUGUCGACCUCCAGCUUCCCAUUCCCCAACACGUGGCAAGAUUUCAAUUGGAAUGUUCCACUGUUGCAGAUGUCUCCAGCCCCUUCCACCGCUUGGCUACAUCCAAAUUUAUCUCCAGUUUCUGCUGAGCACACUAGUCUGUAUCAGUCCAUUGCUGACUUGCUACCAGUCUUACCUUAUCCAAAACCACCCCAGCUCCCAGUCUUGCUGCCUUAUCCAAACCUACCCAACCUCCCAGAGCCUCAUCCCGACCCACCUCAGGGUAUACCUAAUAAUUCUCUUCCCCAUGUCAUCAUGAAGCCAAUCACUGACUCUACCCAACUCGAGCACAAUGCUGUUCCCAAGCCCAAGGCCACUCCCAAACCUAAGGCUGCCCCCAAACCCAAGGCCGCCCCCAAGCCCACUAACAAUCAUGCUGCCUCCCAGCUACCUGGUGAUUUGGCCAAGUCGUCAAAUAUCCCAACCACUAACCCACCCAGAGUUGAGUCUAGUUCAUCAGGGCAUGCAGCUCCUGGUGGAAGUACCAAUGACUCUACAAGCACACAUACAUCCAAGCACAUGCCAAUCAAGUCCAGGCAUAAUGAACUGGCAGAUGUGAUUGGUACAGAGGCUUCCCUGAAACAGCCUGCGCAAAAUGGGCCUGCAGGUGCUCAACAUUAUCUUGUACCAGGCUAG